GUUGGGGAGGAGCAAUUACAAGUGGUUUCGUCAGACGCACUGAGAGAGGAGUAUUAGUAUACGAGCUUGAGGAAGUAGAAAAGUUCUUGUCCAAAGAAACCCUGACAUCUCCUGCAUCAUGAGCUCUGAAACUAUAACCGUGAAGACCGGUGAAGCGGCAGCUGCUGCUGACAUUGUUGCAGCUCCAAAGAAAGGGGAGUGGAAGUGCCCUCUGAGUGAUCAACAUGUCCACAGAGAAGAUGUGAGAAAGGUUUGGAAAGAGUGCCAAGAGGAAAGCUUCUGGUACAGAGCCCUUCCCCUCUCUAUGGGGAGCAUGGCUGUCACCGGUGGUCUUAUCUACAACGGUGUCUGGCAAUCGUCAAAGAGAUUUGGACCAUUCCCAAAACUCUUAGUUGCUGGGAUCCUUGGUUUCGCAGUGGGAAAAGCAUCUUAUGUAUCGACCUGCCGAAACAAAUUCCAGGAGGUUGGCAUUGAAGGUGGACCGGGAUCUGGACCCUGGGCUAAGGGCGGUUCCUUUGGACCUUUCAAUAAAUCUGGUCAUGGACACAGAUCGUGCCACCAUGUGUGUGAAGAAUGUAAGAAGACGGCUCAAGAUGCACCUGCAGAACAAGUGAAAAGCUAGAGGAUCGUCAGAAACACUGAAGGACUGACUGCCAGUGUUGAUAUAUCACUUUUUUAGUUUCUUAAAUGCCAUGAAUACAGCAUAUAUGUUGUCUAAAGUAACUUUGAUAUGUUGCACAUCAUUAUUCAUUCAGGAGAAACCUGACACACAAUUGCCACCAGGGGUAGCUCUCAUGCUUUCAGUCAAAGAUCCUUUGUAAUGUAUUUCAUCUGACCAUAUACCAUUUGAUUUUCAUAUAGCGAGUGCCUUAAUCAGAUGUCAUUAUCAGCUUCAAUAUACUUUUCAACAACUUUCCAACACAAUAAAUACUCCAUAUAAUA